AUGCGUUGUUACUCGAUCCCGGCGAACAACAUGUCGGGAGGUUCACACGUGUCCCGAGCAACAUUUGGCGGUGCGGACUCCGAAAUAUCUGGUGGAAGUGCUCCUCCAUUACCGAGUCCAGCAUCUGCGGGGGCAGCUUUGGUGUCGCCUGAAACCUUAAGUCGACACAGCAGUCCUCCUCCUUUACCGCCACACCCAUCACACCAACAGCCGGCACCAUCAUGUUCAUCGCAUCGAGUGCACUUGGAAUCACCUUUGAGAUUAUCAAGUCCACCAUCGAUGUCCUUAGGCGGUUCAUUAUCGCUACAGCCAGUGUUGUACGGUCCACCAGGCGGUCCUCCACAUGCGCCGCUACCUCCCUCCCGGCGGCUGUCCAGGCCUUCCGCAGCUAUACAACAUAUGCACGUUAUAAGCGCGAGCGACGCAUUAGCAACAACCCUGUCUGCACUCUACGGCAAACUACUCGUCGUGAUGGGCAUCGCUUUCCCCAUGGCUGAGGUCAUUUCCACAUACAUUCCACCCUCGUUCUAUGAGGGUUUCUACCUCUACCUAUACAUCGGCAGCAUGGUGUUUCUAUUGUAUAUGUAUGCUGCACUCGCGCGAGACAAUUCAAAGUCAGCACACGAUGACACCGUUUUACCAAAAUCCGAAUCAAGUUCAUCACCCUCCGAGUCGGACUCGUGUUCUUCACGGAUGGAGCGAAGCACUGUAACCGCACCGCACAUAUCACCACAGUUAGCUGCCAAACGCCUAUCUCUUGGCUUCGCGCUCGCUACACGGACUCACCACUACGGCAGUUUUUACCUACGGAUGGGAGCAGUUGCUUUCGGCAUCGGGUCUAUGAUCUACUCGGGUUUGGAGUUUGGUCAGUACUGGGAACUGGAAAGGAACACAAACUGCCACAACGUGCUGCUCGCACUCACACCCGCCACUAGAAUGGCCUUCAUAUUUAUACAGAUGUACUUUAUCUUCCUGAACAAUGAGAUGAAGGUAUAUAAACAUAAGAUAGUAGCAAGAUUUGGCUUAAUGCAUAUGGUGGGUACCAACCUCAGUGUAUGGCUUAAUGUUCUCGUGCAAGAGACCAAACACGAGAUACUGACGUUUUACGAUCCUGAGAACAAGACUAUUGGCCUGUCACACAGACUUGCAUUUCAAAAGGCGUUUGCAUCGCUGUCGACUGACGUCCCACCAUCUCACCCCGCCGCUGCUCAUCUACGGGUACCAAGAGGCCUCAAAGGUCCCCACCACAUUUUCGAAUGUCGACGAACGAACAUCAUGGGCUCCCUCGUCCAGGAUGCAUCUCCGUUCUUAUUCCCCUGCACGAUCGAAUACUCUCUCAUUUGUGCUGCGAUCCUUUAUGUCAUGUGGAAGAACAUAUCUAAAUAUCCUUCAAAAGAUGUAGCGGCAGCAAUCGUCAAGGCUCGAAUACUAGAAGGUCUGGCGUAUAAGAAAUCUCCGCAUUUAUACAGCGUUGACUGCGCAAGAGCUCAUAAGGGACUGUUCUUCGGAAUUCUUGUUUUGGUACUAACCAUAAUAUCAUUGAUACUGUUUUUUGUUCUUGUAUCAAAAAAAGAUUAUGCAACGUUAGCUGUAGUAGAAGUAAACGUCUGUGAAUUAGCAUUAUACGCUAUGACGACUUUUGCGAGUUUAGCUGGUAUGUUUUGUUUGAGAAAACUAAAAUACGACGGUAACAGGAAUCUUGAAUUGGAUAACAUUCUCCUGGUUGGAGCACAAACCGGUAUGUUUAUCUAUGGUACUUUUACCAUAAUUGGAGGGCACUUCACGAUAGAAAAGAAUACUAUACUUAUAUUGAUCACAGCUCUCUCUUCAUUAAUCCAGACAACUUGUCAGACAAUGUUCAUUCUUGACGCCAGCCGGAGAUCAGCAAAGACAGCCGAGCAGCUUCGAAAGAAACCUGGAAGAGAAAUAGUAACGUUUCUGUUGGUAACUAAUUUGGCAAUGUGGGCUAUAAAUACUCUAGAGAAAUCUCGAGCGGAAUCACAUCCUGUUCAGCUUCAUUUCUACGGUCUGUGGGCUUGGACGAUCAUAACUCAUGUGUCAAUGCCAUUAGCGAUAUUCUAUCGAUUCCAUUCAACGGUGUGCUUGUGUGAAAUAUGGAAACGAGCUUACAAGAUGAAGCCAGCCUACAUGUAG